ACUUAUCUUCCUUGCCUCUUUCUUCUGUUCUCUCUCAUUCCACUCUUCUCAUUCAUUCCCUCCAUUCUCAUUCUCAUUGCAAAGAACACCAUGGAGCUCCUCAAGAACCUCGGCACGAAAUACCUAGACCUCAACUUUGACAAGUCCGAUAAGGGCCGCCACAUCUUCCACAAUACUGCCGACUGGGCGAUUGCCCCACAACCCCAAGGAAUCCUCUACCCAGAGUAUUACGAUUUCUUUGUCAAUUGGCGCACACCUGUCACCGUUGCGGCACUCUAUGUGCUCGCAGUCGUGCUCCUGAACCCCAAGCAGGGUAAGGUCUCGCGUGUCGUUGCCGCGGACACGGCGGCCAAGCAAGGACAGGGACAGGGACAGGGACAGGGCAAGAAGAAGCAACAGCAGGACUUGUCAGAGUCGAGUCCAUUCAUGACCGCGUUGGUCUUUGUUCACAACACGAUCUUGUGUGUCUACUCCGCCUGGACGUUCUAUGGCAUGUUCUUCGCAUGGAAGAAAGCACUCGCGACUCACAACUUUAUGGACGCUGUCUGCGACACCAACGGCACCUUCUGGGAGAGUCUCGGCUACUACUCGUACUACUUCUACCUCUCCAAAUACUACGAGAUUGUGGAUACAAUCAUCAUCUUGCUCAAGGGCCGUCGCUCGUCCCUAUUGCAGACAUAUCACCACGCCGGCGCCAUUAUCACCAUGUACCUUGGCUACAACUACCGCGCCCACCCCAUCUGGGUCUUCACCACCUUCAACUCCUUCGUCCACACGAUCAUGUAUGCUUACUAUGCUGCCACCUCGGUGGGUCUGAAGCCUCCUGGCAAAAAGUACAUCACCUCGAUGCAGAUCACUCAGUUCUGGACUGGUAUUGCCUUGGCAAUUUGGUAUGAGCUCGGUGCCCCCAAGGGAUGCUUCAGUAACCCCGGAUCGCGUUUCGCUAUCUGGAGCGUCUUGGUUUAUGUUGUGCCCCUGAUUUACUUGUUUACGGCCUUUGCCAGAAAGACCUAUGGUGAUCGUGUCAAGAGGAGCAAAGCUGCAGCUGCAGCUGCUCAGGUCAAGAAGGAAGAGUGAAGAAAAAACUCAUUCUCGUCCGACGCAUCGUAUCUAUUUCUCCCGUGCAUUCCCUCCAUCGCUUCGCUUGUAGAACAUCCUUAAGUAAUAAACUUUAAGAAGAAGACUCGAUUAUUUAUCGUGGGAAGAUUGGUUAGGCUUAAAAAUACUCCACUGCUGUUCACGCUCGCUGCGUCCUGGUUCAAUGAAGUCAUGGGCUGGUACCAUCCUGUGAUACCGUU